UCAACUCCUGUUUUUUCUCCUGGUCUUGUGCGCGUCUAGGGCGACCAAGACCGCCUCCGCUGCGUCUAGAUCAAGCUCAACCAGCCCAAAGUGACUUGCUCAGUCCCUGUCUAAGCACUUCCCGCUCCCUACGUAGAGUAGCGGGAAGUAUCUCUCCGGGUCCGUCCGCGCCAUCCAGUCCAUUGCGCACGUCUCCUCUGCGACUCGAGCAACGUGCGGGCAGUAUGGGCCGCGAUGCAGAGAGUGCAGCUCUCAAAGCCACGAGUGUUGAUGUUGUCCUCGAAGAGCCAAAGAGAACUGCUAGGUCAGGGAGCUGCGCUGCUGCGCCGCUUGAAGUACAAUCGAGGCGUAGAUCCAUGAAUGUGGUCCGGAAGGUACCCCUUCGUCGUUGUACACGUCACAGCACAGACGAAUCCCAUGCAGCUCUCACAAAGGUUCAACCAACGGACGCACAUUUCUCUCUGGAGUCGGCAUCUCUGUCCGCAUCUGGUGACGAUGAAGGUCAAGCGAGGGAAUUGUACCGGCAUGGAUCGCCCCCAACAGCGCCUGACACGACCAUGACAGUGAGCAAAAUGCGGUCACCGCCGCCCGUAGCAGAUGCUGUCGGUCAACGCAGUCUGCAUGGAUCCCCUCAAUGCUGUGACUCGCUCCCUCGUACUCAAUUGACGUCUCUGGGUCACUCUCAUGCUCUUGAUGGCCGUCAAGAAGCAGCUGACUCGGAAAUCCCAGGGUGCAGCCCCAAUCCGCCGCUCGUCAUCUUCCGCUCGCCAUUUGCCGUCGUUGGUACGGACCUUGCCCCGCAUAGCCCUAUACGAGCGAGCCCCGAGUAUGUGCGGUCGAAGGAUUUGUCCAAAGUCCGGGAGUCUGUGAGCCUGCUGAAACAGAGGGAUGCGUCAGGCAGGAAGGUUCUACGAGCCUCAGACCGAAUCUACGAAGCCGAUGGUAGACCGACCAAGGUUUCUGGCCGAGUGCAGCAUACCGACGCUACUCAAGACAAGCGAAUCAUCAGACGCGCAAAUUCGGCAAUGCUGGCGGAGGGUGUACCGAGAAACCUUCCUGCUACCGCACGCACUCCAGUCACCAUUCCCACCUUCACCGAGCCACCCCCCUCGCGGCAAUCUCGCUAUGUAUCAGGGGUGAAGAGAUCAGCGAGCAUUCUCUCGCGCACUUUCAGUAGGUCCUCUUCCCCUUCACGCUCUACUCCACGGGCGGACAGUGCCACAAGACCUGGGACGGACAUUGCAUGUGACGAGUCCAUCGCGAGCUUCGACCGAACGAGCGAAAUGGGCAGCAGUGCGAGUAGAGACGUCAUCAUUCGAGUUCUGAAGGGAUGGCGGUAGAGUUCCAUGGCCAAAUGACGAGGUAGGACGGCUUUCUAGCGACCGGGUCCAGUCAUCGUUCUGUGCAUACAUUCAAUCCUGUCAGUUUUCUACUUGGGUCGUACUUCAUAUUGAUACCCCAAACACAAUGCAUCAAU